AUGAGAGUACAUAAGAUACGUGGAACAUAUGAUAUAGAUUUUGCUGAGCAAGCAUUCCUAAAUGAAUAUUUCAGAUUCAGAGGUUUGCAAUUGCCACAAAUAUAUAAUACUAAUAUAUCAAUGAUGAAUGCGUAUCCACAUUUAUGGAAGAUGUUAUUGAAUGACAUGAAAGUUGUACAUUACACUUCACGAAAACCAUUCAUCAAACCAAAUCCAGGAAUAUUCAAAGAACCUUAUGAUCUAUGGAAUCAAUUAUAUCAAGAAAUGGAUGCUAAUAUAAAUUUAAAAAGAAUAGAAAAAGAUUGUCGUGUUGUUAACAAUUAUUUUUGA